UACCCCGCCAACCGUCGAGCACGAGGGAUACGAAGAGAAAAGAACUCGCGAACUCGCACCCGUGAACGCGCAGCGACACUAAAUCCGCUAGAUUACUAAACCCGUCCCACAGCGAGGGAAGAUGAAUGUUUUUACCGAUUUACUGAAUUUAAACACACGGCAUACGUUUUUACCCUGAAGGAAUUUGUUUAAUCACCCUGUAGGAAGUGACGCCCUUCUCGUCUUUUUUGUCUUUUUUUGUGGAAGAAAGAGCCCCGUGGUGCCGUCGGGCCAGUGGGUCGCCCGGAGUUGGAACAACGACGAGCAGACCGUAACACUUUAAAUUAAAAUAAAGCCUCCUUUACGUGGAUUUUAAACGUUAACAGACGUCUGAGUUAACCUUUAGUUGUUGUUUUAGUGGUCAACAAUGACCCACAAUGUGCGAGAGAGCUCCUCAGUGGACUGGUCAAAACAGUGUCAAAGGCUAAGCUAGGUUUUGGAUCCUGUUAUUGUUUGUUGAGAUUUUUUAUUUUUAUCUAAUGGGACACACGUGUUCUUCCAACGACUUGUGCUGAUCCGACAGUAAAGUUUAUCUCCUUUGAACUUCCUAACCGAAUGGUCCAGGAUGUCGUUUUUUAAUUUUCGUAAAAUAUUUAAAUUGGGAGCAGAGAAGAAGAAGAAACAAUAUGAGCAUGUCCGCAGGGAUGAAAAUCCAGAGGAGAUUUGGGACAUAAUCGGUGAGCUGGGAGACGGAGCCUUUGGAAAAGUGUUCAAGGCUCAGAACAAGCAGACGGGCAUCUUAGCUGCUGCCAAAGUUAUUGACACAAAGACCGAGGAGGAGCUGGAGGAUUACAUGGUGGAGAUUGACAUCCUGGCCUCCUGCGACCACCAAAACAUUGUCAAACUGCUCGACGCUUUCUAUUAUGAGAGCAAACUCUGGAUACUCAUCGAGUUCUGUGCAGGAGGAGCUGUGGAUGCUGUCAUGCUUGAGCUGGAGAGACCCCUGACGGAACCUCAGAUCAGGGUGGUGUGUAGGCAGACUCUACAGGCGCUCGUCUACCUCCACGAAAACAAAAUCAUCCACAGAGACCUGAAGGCCGGCAACAUCCUCCUCACACUGGAUGGUGACGUCAAGCUGGCUGACUUCGGUGUCUCUGCCAAAAACACCAAAACACUGCAGAGGAGAGACUCUUUCAUUGGAACGCCUUACUGGAUGGCUCCUGAGGUGGUGAUGUGCGAGACGUCCAAGGAUCGUCCGUACGACUACAAGGCAGACAUCUGGUCCCUCGGUGUCACAUUGAUCGAGCUGGCGCAGGUCGAGCCACCCAAUCACGAGAUGAACCCCAUGAGAGUUUUGCUGAAAAUAGCCAAGGCCGAUCCUCCAACACUGAUGCAGCCGUCACGCUGGUCUCCAGAGUUUAGUGAUUUCCUAAAGCGGUGCCUGGACAAGAAUGUGGACAACAGAUGGACUGCACCACAACUUCUGCAGCAUUCAUUCGUGUCCACUGUGGCUGACAGUAGGCCACUGCGGGAGCUGAUAGCCGAGGCAAAGGCUGAGGUCACAGAGGAGAUUGAAGAGCACAAAGAAGAAGAAGAGGAGGAAGACACAGACGCACAUCUGGGCCACAAACGCGCCCCAUCAGAUGUCAGUGUUGCCAGCUCGGAGGACGAGAAGAUCCCCCUCUCUCCCUCUAUCUUGGAGUCAGUCCCUGAGAAGGUUGAGCCAAUUCCACCCAUCCCUGCACCCACUGAUCUCCCCGUGGACAACCACCUGGUGGAGACCAGCUUUGUAGAAGAGCCUGCUGCAGAGGUACUUCCAGAGGAGCCUUCGGAUACUCAAGAGAAGGAUGAAGAGGCAGAAAAGAAACCAGUUGAGGAGGAAAAAGUUCCAGAAGCAUCGGCAGAUGUCACCUCACCAGAGCCAGAGACUGAACCAGAGGCACCUGUGAAGGAAAUGCAGCAGCUGGAAAUAGCUGUUGAAGAAGAAAAAGAAGUGGAUACAGCUGAGGAUCCAGAGCAGUCAGUGGUUGCUGUGACUCCUCAGGAGGAGAAAACACCUGUUGUGGAGGAACCAAACACUCCAACAGAGGAGAAGGAGGAGGAGGAGGAAGACCGGUACAAACAUCUAAAAGUGACUUUGACCCUGCCGCAGCAGGAUAAGGAGGUUCUAAAGGAGGAGAAUGGAGAGAAGGCCACAGAAAAGGAUAAAAUAAAUGCUGAGGAGGAGAAGACAGUUCCAGACAAAGCUAAAGAUGACAAAGAGAGAGAUUCAGACUCAGGAAGUGGCUCAGCUGCAGACAACAGCAGUGUAGACCUGAAUCUCUCCAUUUCAAGCUUUCUGUCCAAAACAAAAGAGCCUGGAUCUGUUUCCAUUCAGGACACAAAGCGUCAGAAGAAGACACUGAAAAAGACUCGUAAAUUCAUUGUGGAUGGAGUGGAAGUUAGCGUUACUACAUCAAAGAUCAUUACUGACAAUGACACCAAGAACGAGGAGAUGAGAUUCCUGAGGCGGCAGGAGCUGAGGGAGCUUCGCCUCCUGCAGAAGGAGGAGCAGAGGGCACAGCAGCAGCUCAGCAACAAGCUGCAGCAGCAGAAAGAACAGAUCUACCGACGCUUCGAGCAGGAGACCACGAGUAAGAAGCGUCAGUACGACCAGGAGGUGGAGAACUUGGAGCGGCAGCAGAAGCAAACCAUCGAGAGGCUGGAGCAGGAACACACCAACCGACUCCGAGACGAGGCCAAACGUAUCAAGGCCGAGCAGGACAAAGAGCUGUCAAAGUACCAGAACAUGCUGAAGAACCGCAAGAAGGAGGAACAAGAGUUUCUUCAGAAGCAGCAGCAGGAUCUGGACAGCGCUCUGAAGAAGAUCAUCCAGCAGCACAAACACGAGCUCGCCACCAUCGAGAGAGAUUGUCUCAACCACAAGCAGCAGCUUCUAAGAGCUAGGGAGGCUGCCAUGUGGGAGCUGGAAGAGCGCCACCUGCAGGAAAAACACCAGCUGUUCAAACAGCAGCUCAAAGACCAGUAUUUCAUGCAGAGACAUCAGCUGCUCAAGAGACACGAGAAGGAGAUGGAGCAGAUGCAGCGCUACAACCAGCGUCUCAUUGAGGAGAUGAAGAACAAGCAGACGCAGGAAAGAGCUCGGCUGCCCAAGAUCCAGCGCAGCGAAGCCAAAACCCGCAUGGCCAUGUUCAAGAAGAGCCUCCGCAUUACCGUCGCCACCAUCACCCCCGAGCAGGAGAGGGAGAAGGUCAAACAGUUUGCUGCUCAGGAGGAGAAGCGGCAGAAGAACGAGAGGCUCCAUCAGCACCAGAAACAUGAAAACCAGAUGAGAGACCUGCAGCUGCAGUGUGACGCCAACAUCCGAGAGCUGCAGCAGCUGCAGAACGAGAAGUGCCACCUGCUGAUCGAACACGAGACCCAGAAGCUGAAGGAGCUGGAUGAGGAGCACAGUCUGGAGCUGAAGGAGUGGAGGGAGAAGCUGCGACCCAGGAAGAAGGCGCUGGAGGAGGAGUUCGCCAGGAAGCUGCAGGAACAGGAAGUGUUCUUCAAGAUGAGCGGCGAGUCAGAGUGCCUUAACCCGUCCACCCAGAGCCGCAUCUCCAAGUUCUACCCCAUCCCCAGCGUCCACUCCACCGGCUUCUAGGAGGAGCCGACGAACACAAACACUCCGGUAAAGACGGAUCCUGAGCUGCCUUCUUCCUCCGUCUGCCGUCGGAGGCUUCUCUGUGUCUGGACUCUGCAGCCGAGAGAUUUUCAGGUUCAGCGUUUCACCUCAAAACCACUACAGCGACAUAGUUCUCAUUGUUCCAACCUUCUUUUGGUGAUUCAAGUAUUUUUUAUAAAGAAUCCAGUGCCUGUAGAAUUUGAUGUCUUUGGCUUUUAAAUCCAAGAAAUUUCUGAUUAUUUGCUGCUCGACGUUUCUCUCAUUUAGAUUUUUGCACUAAAUAAAGGACGGCAUUUUUAUACCACUUGAUCUGGUUAAUUUGCAAGCGAUCAUUAAAUAGAAUGUAUUUCUGAUAAAAGAAGACAGUUCUAUUGUCCCUCCUGUUGAAGGAGACCAUGAUACAGUAUAUUUUUCUGAAAUCAGACAUAUCUGUGUGUGUUUUAGGACUUUAGGUUGUGAUACUUUAAAAUAAUCUCCUGCAUGAUUUUAAUGCAACGUUUAGGGACGUUUUCCUGCAGGGUUUUUCUUCAGAAUGCCUUUAGUCUUUAGCACAAGACUCCAGCUGAACAACACAGCAGAUUGGAGGAGGUGUGGAGACAAAGCAACACUGGUGGCACAAAGAAGCAUUUAAAUAACUGUUGUUGUUGUUUUUAUUUUAACAGCUCUGUUUGAUGUUGAUCAAAAUAAUCUCAUGUCGGAACAUUAUUCAGGGAUGAAGGAAGAAUACGACAUCUGUCACUGAUGUCCAAUAACUGGAAAUGAUGUGUUUUAGAGGAGAAUUCUGGUUUAUUCUGGCUGUAUUUAACACUAAUGUGGCUCUACGUGUUACGGUAACUUUACACUAUUCGCCUCCUUCGUAGAGAUGUGUUGAGUUGAUGACUUUCCAAAGCACCUGUUUUUUAUUUUUUUCAUGAAUCAUUUUUUGUUUUCAGUCUGACUGAAAGAAGACACUGAAAGUAGCUCUUGGAACCACAUUGUGCGAACUGUGUUAAAUAUUUCCUCCCAUGGAUACUUCCCAACUGAUUCAUCAACAGCACGUUCAUGUCCGGUCUGUUUCCAUGUGAGUCUGACUUUGACUCAGUUUCAUGGGACAACAGGACGUCCUGAAAGACAACAAUGAAACCUGCUGAUAACCGACUGAGAAAAUCUCCACAAACUCCAGAAUUACCUUAAACUUCACUACAAGCCUGUCCAAGAUCACUCCAGAAUUUGUCAAAAAUGGCUUAAAACUGUCCAAAAUUAUUCAAAAUGUGUCCAAAAGACUUGAAACUUGUCCAAAAUGUUCAAAACUGUCCACAAUGACUGAUUUUUUUUUUUUCCGGAAUAACUCGAGAAAAUUUGUAUGAAAAAUGAUUCAUGGAAGAAUCAUCUGCAGGAAGCUAAACUGACACCCGGCUAAAUGUUGUUUCCAUGAAUUCCUACUAAAGCUGAAAAGUGCCGAUGACACAUUAAUUUAAAAAAAAUAAGCCAGGUUUAAAUAAACCAGAAUUCUUUUUUAAAGCCUGAUUAAUGUAAAAUUUACCCUUUAAACAAAUUUACACCAGAUGAUGAUGCUGCAUCCGUUGUGUUUUGCCACCAGAUGCAUUGUGGUUCUAUUCAAACAAUAAUAGUGUUUUCCUGCUAGCUAAUAGCCUUAAUACUUCAGAAAUGAUAUUCUGUGCAACUGUUCUGCCUUUAAACAGUUCCAGGUUUUAUGAAGCGUAUUAUUACUCAGCAGAUGUUACAGAUGUUCUGUAUUCAAAGAACACAACAUGAACUUUUUGCAGUUUUUUUUAUUCAGGCUGAUUUCUUAUGAAUGACACACAAAAAAAAAGCAACAAAUGGACCUGACUGGUUUGGGCCAUCGUGACCUGUGAUUGGUUCAUUUUAUCAUCUCGUUGUCUCUGAUUGGCUGAUAGUUAAAUGUAUUUAAUAAAUGACUGAGCAGAGAAGGAGUGCUGUGCACUUUUUUACUGAAAACCUCCUCAGUAGCUAUUUAUACAGAAGCUUCACUGAAGGUUUAUUAAAGGUAGAUUUACAAAUCAGUCCUGGUUCUUAAUUUCUGAAUGUUGACAAAAACAAAACAACAAAAAAAAAAACAUAUCGAAAUCAUUAUGCAUUUUUUAAAUACAUGUAUAGUUUCUAGAUGCCUGUGUAAUGUUGAUUUUCAUUUUGCUGUAAAUAAACUAUUUCAUCUCUG